AGUAGAAACCUACGAUGUAAUGCCCAAAUCAGACUGGUUCACAAAGCUAGUGCUUCUCCAGGCAGACUUGAUCUACAACUCACUGUCGUUUCUCUUCUCUCCCAUCUUCUUCCUCAUGUCAGUCGUUUCCGAGUCUUACCACCGAGCGGAGGAGACCACCGUCACCGUCGAAUCUGCCGUCAAGAAAGUUCCCUCCACGGUCACCCACGGAAGCAUUGUGCUGCUUAAGAAACUGGGAUUUGGGGUCUUUGGGGCUGCCUACGUCUGCAUGGUUUUGCUUGUCGUUUUGGUAGUAGCUGUCGUUUUGGGUGUUGCGUUGGUCCAAAUGUGGGUGGAGGAGCCCGUGCUUUUGAAGGAAAAGUUGCAUUUUGAUUACACUGAGGCUCAUCCUAAAGCUCUCUUUGUAUUUGAAAGAAGUCACAAGAGGAAGCAGAUUGGAGUUCCUGUUGGUCAUACAUUUUCUGUUUCUGUGGUCCUUUUGAUGCCUGAAUCUGAUUUCAAUAGAGACAUUGGGGUCUUUCAGUUGAGUGCAGAGCUCUUAUCAACCAAUGGUCUAGUGAUAGGAAAAUCAAGUUUGCCUUGCAUGUUAAGGUUCAGAAGUCUUCCCGUUAGACUUGCAAGAACAUUUCUUAUGAGCAUCCCGUUACUACUAGGAAUCACUGGUGAAACCCAAAAGAUAACUUUUGAAGUACUAAGGCACAAGGAAGGGUAUCCAAGAACUGAGGCCAUAAGAGUGACUUUGAGUCCAAGAGCUGGAACCACACAUCUCCCACAGUUGUAUGAAGCCGAAAUUGUGAUGAAAUCAAAGCUGCCAUGGACAAAAGAGUUGGUCAGAAGUUGGAAAUGGACAUUCUAUGUUUGGUCAACUCUUUACACGUACAUUGUUCUACUGAUCGCUCUUUUUAACUGGUGUAAUCCAAUCUUCUUCCCAUUGUCAAUAUUGAGUUUGAGUGAGCGCGGUGAGAGAGAAGAAGAAACAACUUUGGCGACUGAUGAAACGCAUAAAGAACAACCCCAGAUCGGAGUAGACGAUGUUCAUGAAGAGCCCGAAGACGUUUCGGAGAUGUUAAGAAAAUGGAGGCUGAGAAGAAGCAAGAGAAAGGCAAUCUAUACGGAAGCAGAAGUUGUUGGGUCUUCUGCCUCAACUUUUACAAUCACCAGAGAAGAAACUAGUGCUGCAGCUGUUGAAGAACAUGUUGGGGACUCGGAAGAAUCAGUUUGUUUAUGA